CGAUUUAUCGUACAGUGGAAUAAUCGAUUAUUAUUGUUGUCGUGUCUGUCAACAAAGAUGACGUUAUAGGUUAGAAAAAUUUAGAUACCACCGCAAAAUGAAUAUAAUUUUAUUUCAAUUACCUCUUCUGCUUUUAAUAGCAAGUAGUUUAGCAGAAUAUUCUCCAGAAGAUUGUAAGGAAUUAGGAUUUGUUAAAGCUAAUUUAAUAUGUUCGACAUGCAAUAUAUUAGCUGAAUACAAUUUACCCGAGGCUGCCGCAAACUGCAAGGAGUGUUGUUUAAAGGACGACGACUCUCAAAGGAAAAUUUACUCAAAAGCUGUUCUUGAAAUUUGUAAAUGCAAAUACGGAGCUUAUCCUCAAAUUGAAGCAUUCAUAAACAGCGAUUUACCGAGUAACUUCAAAAAUCUACAAAUUAGAUUUGUUAAUGGAUUAGAUCCAAUAAUUCGACUCUAUGAAAAUAAUGUUAAAGUCGAUGACGUUGAUAUUCAUAAAUGGAACACAGAUUCCGUCAAUGAAUUUUUAAGUACGUAUCUUUCCAAAGAUUAAUAGACUAAUUUGUAAUUUUUUAUAUUUUAGUAAAUUUGUAUUUAAGAAAUUUUUAAAUAAAUGAAUUUCUUUUAAAAAAAA